AAAACCGUAGGCUCGAUUAUGAAUCUUUUUCUCGAGCGUAAACUUGUGAAGAGUGAAAAAUUUCACUUUUUACGAGUUCACGCUUGAGUCUUGGCUCUCAUGAUCGAGUCUCUGCUCCGGUGGGUGCAUUGUCAAUUUUUUCAACGUUAACGCGAUGUGACGCAGGCUUAAAACUGUCGUGCGGAGAGUUUCAAAACCGCCGCUCUCGAUUACGAAAGUAAUUAUCUUCGGGUAUCAGGUUGAUAGAGUUCAAGGUAUAUCUGCAAGGAUUUACUGUGAAUACUGAGAGCAAAAAUAAGAAAUUGGAGAAUGAUGAGGAUGACGGCAAUUCCAGCUAAGCACACUCUUCACAGCGGUAUUUUCCAUCCUGUUAUACGGGAAUGGCAGUCGCCAAACGUCGAGAUUACCGUUAACAAUCUUAUGUAUCCUAUAUUUGUCUCGGACGACGAAAAUGCUGAGGAACCAAUUAACAGCAUGCCUGGUGUGUAUCGCUAUGGGAUUAAUCAGUUGGAUAAGAUGUUGCAACCUCUGGUUGCAAAAGGUUUGCAGUCCGUUUUGUUAUUCGGUGUAUCUCAGCGUCUUGAAAAGGACGAAAUCGGAAGCAACGCCGAUAGUAUACGGAAUCCUAUUAUUCAAGCUGUACCACUGUUGCGCGAGAAGUUCCCUAAUUUAUUAAUAGCAUGCGAUGUUUGCCUGUGCCCAUACACGAGUCAUGGGCACUGUGGUAUUCUCAACAACGACGGCAGCAUAAAUAACACGAGUAGCAUCCAACGGCUCGCCGAGGUUGCAGUAUCGUAUGCAAAAGCUGGCGCGCAAAUUGUUGCGCCAUCGGACAUGAUGGACGGCAGGAUAAGCGCGAUAAAGCAUGGUUUAGCCGCCGCUGGAUUUGCGAAUAAAGUCGCAGUCUUGUCGUACGCUGUAAAGUUCGCAUCCGGACUUUACGGGCCUUUCCGGGACGCGUCGCAAUCCGCGCCGAAGUUCGGCGAUCGCAAAUGCUACCAGUUACCUCCUGGUAGUAACGGAUUGGCAGCUAGAGCUGCUGCAAGAGACGUGGAUGAGGGAGCAGACAUGCUAAUGGUGAAGCCGGGCCUGCCUUAUUUGGAUGUUGUCCGGCACACGAAGGACGCGCAUCCAGAGUAUCCUAUAUUUGUGUAUCAGGUGUCGGGGGAAUACGCUAUGUUGUAUCACGGUGCACAAAACGGCGCGAUCAACUUAGAGAAUGUGCUCAACGAAAUAUUGCUCUCUAUGAGAAGAGCGGGUGCUAAUUGUAUCAUAGUCGCCACGUAUGCGAAAGAGGACAAGGAGAAGGAAGACAUUGGCACGGUGAUAGGAAUUGAUCUGGGCACAACUUACUCUUGUGUCGGAGUUUACAAGAACGGUCGCGUGGAGAUCAUCGCCAACGAUCAGGGUAACCGAAUCACGCCCUCCUACGUGGCGUUCACCAGUGACGGCGAGCGCCUGAUCGGCGACGCCGCCAAGAAUCAGCUGACGACGAACCCGGAGAACACCGUGUUCGACGCCAAGCGGCUGAUCGGCCGCGAGUGGUCGGACCCCACUGUGCAGCACGACGUCAAGUUCUUCCCGUUCCCGGUCAUCGAGAAGAACAACAAGCCGCACAUCAAGGUCGAUACCAGCCAGGGUGAGAAGGUGUUCGCGCCCGAGGAGAUCUCGGCCAUGGUGCUGGGCAAGAUGAAGGAGACCGCCGAGGCUUACCUUGGCAAGAAGGUCACUCAUGCGGUAGUUACCGUGCCGGCUUACUUCAACGACGCGCAGAGACAGGCCACCAAGGACGCUGGAACGAUUUCCGGCCUAGUCGUAAUGCGGAUUAUCAACGAGCCGACUGCCGCUGCGAUCGCGUACGGUCUGGACAAGAAAGACGGCGAGAAGAACGUGCUGGUGUUCGACCUGGGCGGUGGCACCUUCGACGUCAGUUUGCUCACCAUCGACAACGGCGUGUUCGAAGUCGUUGCCACUAACGGCGACACGCACUUGGGAGGUGAGGAUUUCGAUCAGCGUGUGAUGGACCACUUCAUCAAGCUCUAUAAGAAAAAGAAGGGCAAGGACAUCCGCAAGGACAACCGAGCUGUGCAGAAACUGCGUCGCGAGGUCGAAAAGGCUAAGCGAGCGCUCAGCGCCAGUCACCAGGUCAGGAUCGAGAUCGAAUCAUUCUUCGAGGGCGAGGACUUCUCCGAGACCUUGACUCGUGCCAAAUUUGAGGAGCUGAACAUGGACCUCUUCCGUAGCACUUUGAAGCCCGUGCAAAAGGUCUUGGAAGAUUCCGACAUGAGCAAGAAGGACGUAGACGAGAUUGUUUUGGUCGGUGGCUCGACCAGGAUCCCGAAGGUUCAGCAGCUGGUUAAGGAAUUCUUCGGCGGCAAGGAGCCAUCGCGGGGCAUCAAUCCUGACGAAGCCGUCGCUUAUGGCGCCGCCGUACAAGCCGGCGUGCUUUCUGGAGAGCAAGAUACCGACGCUAUCGUACUUCUCGACGUUAACCCUCUUACUAUGGGUAUUGAAACUGUCGGAGGUGUGAUGACUAAACUGAUUCCAAGAAACACGGUAAUCCCCACCAAGAAAUCGCAGAUCUUCUCCACGGCGUCCGACAGCCAGCACACCGUCACGAUUCAGGUAUACGAGGGUGAGCGUCCCAUGACCAAGGACAACCAUCUGCUUGGCAAGUUCGACCUAACUGGCAUCCCGCCGGCGCCACGAGGCAUACCGCAGAUCGAGGUCACCUUCGAGAUCGACGCCAACGGUAUUCUGCAAGUGUCGGCCGAGGACAAGGGCACCGGCAAUCGCGAGAAGAUCGUUAUCACGAACGACCAGAAUCGCUUGACGCCCGACGACAUCGAGCGGAUGAUCAAGGACGCGGAGAAGUUCGCCGACGACGAUAAGAAGCUGAAGGAGCGCGUGGAGGCGCGCAACGAUCUCGAGUCGUACGCGUACUCGCUCAAGAACCAAUUGGCCGACAAGGAGAAGCUCGGCUCGAAGGUGUCCGACGCGGACAAGGCCACGAUGGAGGAGGCUAUCGACGAGAAGAUCAAGUGGCUGGAGGACAAUCAGGAUACCGAGCCGGAGGAGUACAAGAAGCAAAAGAAAGAACUCACCGACAUUGUUCAGCCGAUCAUCGCCAAGCUGUAUCAGGGCGCGGGCGGCGGUGUCCCACCUACCGGCGGCGAGGACGAGGAUAUCAGGGACGAGCUCUAACUGCAAGCUGGCGACCCGCUCAUCUCGAUUCGCGGUUUAGACUGAUUACUCGCCUUCCGAGCAAAUACUUCGCAGAAGUGUUGAUAUACACGAGAAGCUGAGCGCGGUAUCGUGUACACACGCGGGAUCAUGUUCUCGCCGUACGUUUAGCUGAAAAGUGGCUGUCUGGUUCUAAGUUUUACUUAGAUAAUAUGUAGCAUACACUAUCUAUAACUUUAAGGCUUAGGUUAAGGAAAAGGCGUUUCAAGCUAAAUGUGCAGUGGGAAUAGAAGUCUUCGUCAUAAGUUUUGCGUACGUUUUAAGAAAAAUACAAGGGGAUGUUGGUAAUACCGAAAAAUCGUCGGGCUCUCAAAGACUGAGAGAUUGUGGAUUCUCUCGAGAAUUUUGACUCGACUUUCCGGUGUCAUCAGCAUUUUCGACACUGCGCUCAUUUCUCUCUCCCGCGACACAAACAUACCGGACUCCACCGCGUUGUUAAUUUAUUUCCAAUUGUUUUGUAUGUUUCCCUACUAAGUGUAAUAAUCGAAUGGUCGAUUUUCGCAGAGUAAAGCGCGUUGAAGAUAUAUGCGUGAGUGUGUAUGUACGAAUGAUCGAGAGAGUGAAAUGCAUCGAGACGCGCAGGCUUGUAACUCGUAUACUGCCAGCGAGUUGCAUCGUACUGCGUACAAUGUAACCGUGUCUACGUGUGUGUGCGAGUGCAUGUGUAUCGAUAAUACAAGAAUAAAGAUUUUUUCAGUAAACUGUAACUUCUGUUGGGAUACAUCUUGUAAGAUAUUCGAUCUUCCGCAUCCCGAGAUCUACCUACAGAUCCUGCGACAAUGCGUAAAUAAAAUAACACGAAUGUUCCAA